CCCACGUGACCUCGCCCCACAAAAGUCCUUCCGGUCCCAGCGUCUGACAGUGAAAAGGAAAAUGGCGGCUGUCGGACGGAUUUCCCAAGCCCUUGUGAAGUCUUCUUUGACUCAAAGCCGGCAGCUGUCCGCUGCGGCGGCCCACGGCGAGCAGGCCGCAAAGACAUGGAAGAUUCUGAGCUUUGUGGUUGCCCUCCCUGGCGUUGGAGUGUGCAUGCUGAACACUUUCCUGAAGGAGCAGAGUCAUGGCCAUGAACAGGCCGAGUUCACACCUUACUCCCACCUUCGCAUUCGCACCAAGCGGUUCCCCUGGGGAGACGGCGUCAAAAGCCUUUUCCACAACCCACAUGUGAAUGCCCUCCCCGAUGGCUACGAGGGACAUGAAGAGUAAACCCUCGCUCCAGACCUCCUAACUGGCACCAGGACCAGACUUCCCCCGUUGUUUGUUACAGGACCACACUCCCCCGCUCAGUUUACUCUUGUCAUUUCCAUUGAGUUUACCUCUGUGCUCCCACCCGGGCACCCUAAACAAUAGUUACAUUUCUCUGGACCAUAAAACAAAAUGUCAGCUUGAACUUAUCUAAUAUAAAUAAAGUAACUGUUAUUACCUCA